GACAUGCAAAAUGUACUGCACGUACACUGUACAUGGACCUGACCGCCCUCGCUAGACAGCGAUGCGCAACAAGGGCGGGCGUGGCCCACACGCACUCACACACACAUCCAUGACCGCCCCCCGGUCCGUUUUAGCUGCAGCCCAAGGCAUCCAUCCACCACCACCCUGCCCGGCCGCCCGCCUACCUUCCCUUACCCUGCCCCAAAAGUGGAAAACAUAUAUAUCGCCCAAUCCACCCUCCACCGUCAUGCUUCUUUUCCACCAUCGACCAGCUUCACACUCUUCACCACCCGGCUUCCACUCUUCGACUACUCCAAGUCGACUGCACUGUGCUACAUCACAGGCCAACCCGCGCUGCACCAUUUCACCCACACUCGUCAUUACAAUCAACUCGUCCCUACCUUCCAGGCUCAAAUCAGAGAAAUCAUCUCCUCACAACGGCAAUAUGCCUUCCUUCUCUCGUCACUCCACCAUGCCCACCGUCAUACACACCAAGGCGCCUUCCAUCUCCAAGAAGGAUCGCUCGGUGGGCUUCCACGAGGACCCCGUGACCCAUGUCUCAAGACCUGUCACUCACCAGGAAUCAUGGGCCGCAUACGACUUUGAGCUCCACGCUCAGAAGUGUGCCUACUGCCGCGAUCCCUACGAGGUCCACCGCAACAAGCAGCACCUCUGCGAGCGUGGCCACUCUCUCGCUCAGGACGUCGCCGCCAUUCUCUACAACCACAAGGACGGCGAGACCUACUCCACGGCCGAGGAAGACAACAAGCUUGUCCGCGUCGAGAUCCCCUCUGCCUAUGUUCAAGUCCGCGGCCUGUUGAAGGCUAUUGAGCGUUCCCUCCGCCAUCGGUCACGAACUCCAUUCGUGAGCAUGGACAAGACGUACUUCAUCCCGGCUCGCCAACCCACCCGCGCUCGAUCCGUCAAGAUCGAGCAGUCACCAAAGUCACGACCUCGAUCUGGUGAGAUUGUCGACUGGCCUGGCGAGGAAGUACGCUUGGAGAAGUCCAUCUCUGUUCCUCACUCCAAGUCCAAGCGCGGCUCCCUCUACGACCAAGACCUGGCCAAUCAACGACGAAACGCCUCGCGCUACAAUGUUGAGGUCCGAGAGCCAUCCCGUCGCGACUUCCUCGAGAACCGCCUCUCCGGUUACUACAGAUGA